AUGAGCGCCGCCGCCGCCGCCAUGCCGUCCUCCGGGACCUCCACCAUGAAGCUGCUCGUCGACAGGGCGUCCCAGCGCGUCCUCUUCGCGGAGGCCGGCAAGGACGUCGUCGACUUCAUCUUCGGCCUCCUCGCCAUGCCGCUCGGCGCCGCCGCGAGCCUGCUCCGCGCCGAGGGCGCCGCCGCCGGCGCUCUCGGCAGCGUCGCGAACGUCUACGCCAGCGUGGAGAAGAUGGACGCUGCGUACAUGCAGGGCCCCGAGGCCCGGGACGCGCUGCUCGUCAACGACAGCUUGCCGUCGGGUCCCUCCACCCGGCUCCUCCCCGCCACCACCACCACUAGCGCCGCCUUCGCCACAUCUAUUAGCACCGCGGCCCCGAGCUACUGCUGCAUGUGGGGGCCGCCGCCGGGGAUGCCCAUGCCUCCUCCUGCCGGCCCAACCUACUACUAUCCGCCAUACCCUCCAACACAGGCGCCGGUGCCCGAGAGCGGCGUCGCCCUGCUGCCGGCGUGGCUGUUCCGCUGCCACGCCUGCUACGCGCUGGGGUCGCCCCAGGAGAGCAGGGGGUUCGUCCAGGGCGUGGCGAGCUACACCGUCAUGGACGACCUCACCGUCUCGCCCGCGUCCAAUGUGUCCACCGUGGCGCUGCUCGGCAGGCUCGGCGUCAAGGACCUCGACGCGAUCGAGGAGAGGACGGUCACCGUCGGCCGCAAAGAGUGUUUGGAGAUCCUCAAGGUGUCCUUGCAGUCCAAGACCGUUCUGACUGAUGUCUUCCUGGCAAAGACGACGAACAAGAGGGCGCGCACUGCCGGCGACAAGAACGACGACGACGCUGUCACCACCAAAUCUGAGUGGGGCCUCCAAGUCGUAGAGACUGGAGAUAAAUAG